AUGGAGCAAAACAACGAGAAGCCAAAAGAAUGGAGCGAUCUUCCUAACGAAGUGCAAUCAAUGGUCUUACCAUACUUGAAAUUCGGAGAUCUGGUCGAUAUUCAGCGAGCUGGGCUAAUUGAUCAAGUGAAAUUCAAAACGGGCUAUCUCGAAUAUCAUUGUCACAUGGGACAGGCUUUUAUUGAUAGACAAAACUAUUCUUCUUCCUUCUUAAAAGAAAAUUGUCCAUGGAUCAAAAAGAUGAUCAUCAAGAUGAAAGUUCUUUAUUUGAACUUCCUUCCCAAAAAUGUGCCAGCAUUUCUGAAUGCGAUCCGGACAAUGAAGCCAUUCGAAAUGGAAAACCUGGAAAUACGCUGCAGCAAUCUCCAACUUUUUGAAGCAAUCAUGAAAAGAAAAAAGAACGACCGUCUGGACAGUGUGUGUCUCAGAGGAAGGGGCUAUGAGGACUACUCCUCUGACAAUGAGACAGAUGAUUGGAUGGAGGAUAUAAUGCAGUCCCCACUGAUGGAGAAUGUGCCGGUUUUGAUGUUCCAAGAGUUGGGGAACGUUGACAUCGUCACCAGACUUAUCAAGCUGUGGCGGACCACCGACAUCUCAAUGAACAAAGAGGCAUAUGCCUUCAAUAAGCAUUCGUUCGAACCUCUCCGAAGAUAUUGCAUGGAGAACGGAGCAAGCAAACCGACCAGCAGGACCUACAUCUUGGACAUGAAAGAUGUGUCCAAGCAACUGUACCUCGAAGUAUUCCCAAACAAACGGGAAUCCAGAGGCGUGUUUGUCAAAGUCGUCCCAAAAGGGCAAACCCAUGUUGAAGCCAGCAUUAAAAACUGGUAUGAAAUAACCUGUGACCGGGAAUCGUUAGCCGCGAGCUAUACCGGAAAUGAAGAGGACACCGACGAUGAAUACGAGGAAUAUGAAGAGGGAUUUGAGUCAGAUGAAGAUUUAACCAACCUUUGA